GAUGGUCGUGGGGCUACGAGUGGCCCCGGUCGUGGGACAACAACGACUGGAGCAGCGGCUACGAGAGCUCCCGCGGCUCUACAACCAGCAGCUCAACCUCAACAGAACUGCUUCCUCAGUUUAUCCAAGGCUGGUACCUCCUCGCGGAUGCGAACCUGGACGCCGGCGAGCGCAACAUCGUCAUGACGGCGUUGGGCGGGAACUUCGAGCCUCAACGAGUGGCGCAGGAACUUCGGAACCAGUUUUCGGAAUCCGAUGUGAAAAAGCGGGACAGCCAACGGCGGUACCAGAGCUACAUCGGAGAGUACCUGGAGAAUGACGAGGAUGACACCGAGAUCUACGAGACCGGGAACCACGACUACGGCGCGGAGGGCCUGUCUGAUGAAGGACAUGCCUUGGUAGUGGAUGCUGAGGAGGCGGCCCAAGAGGCCAUGUCGGCGAUGAUCAAUGCGAGGCGGACCUUGCGAGAAGCACGACAACGACAGCAUGCCGUGAAACAGAACCGGAAGUACUACCAAGGCAAUGGAACAAGUGGCCGUGGAUCCUCGUCCUCUACUACAGCACCCUUCGUGUGCUACGCCGACGUCCAUGCCGGUUUUGCCACAGACCACGACGAGCACUACGCCAUGACCACCGUGACCGAGGAUGAUGGUUUGACAACAGCCGAGGCAGUUCGCCAAGGAAUGGCCGUCAUCGAUGGCGGAGCUACCCAAACCAUUGGGUCUGUGGCUGCAGUGGAGGCAGUGAUGCGACAGAACAGAGCAAAGUAUGGCCAUAGCGGCCUGCGGGGCGUGGACUACAAGGUCACCAUGGACAAGAUGACCUGCCCUCAGAUGGUACUCAGCCUUCGAGCCUACGGCGAGGAGCCACCCAAGGGGUGGAAGAAGGUCCAGUUUGCCACCUGGAUGAAGAUGGAGAAGGAGAAGAAGAAA